AUGGCUGGAUUCAUCGCCAUGGUCUCUGUUUUUCUUGUUGUUGUCGUUGAAAUGUUCUUCGCGAUGAAAGGGGCAGGGCAUGUUCAUGGAAAUGAAUAUGAACAACUUAUUGGUGGCGCCGGGGAAGAGUUUUCACAGCGCGAUCAAAAUACGGAUUCGCCUUCGCAUUACUUGGCACUUGUGACACAGGAGUCAGUAGAAGAUACGUUGUUACUCGACCGAAUACAGGAAACUGAUGCAAUGAGGAGCAUGGACCGAGAUCCAGGUUCUGUGCCGAUGGAAUCUCCAGGUUGCCAUAGGCAAACAUCUUCGAAGGAUACAACCGGGCACAAGGAAAAUGAUGACGCGGACUUUAAUGGCCUCAAUCGCCUUGGAGCUUUUCAUUCCAACAAUGGACAGCAAAGCUGCUACCCUCCUGGCGAGCAUCGCCUUACAGACCGGUCAAAUAGACAGGACGAUACGAACUUGUACCCACAGAACCCCCAGCGCAAGUUACUUCAAUGUCUUCUCCUUGAAGCGGGGAUCCUUUUCCACAGCAUAUUUAUCGGCAUGGCGCUUAGCGUUGCAACUGGGGCAUCUUUUCUCGUUCUACUUGUGGCCAUCUGCUUCCAUCAAACAUUCGAAGGUUUUGCUCUUGGGUCGCGUAUCGCAUCACUUAUCCCAGACCUCUUUGCCCCGACUUCUAUUAAACCAUGGCUCAUGUCGCUUGCAUACGGGACGACCACUCCCAUAGGGCAGGCUAUUGGUUUAAUGCUACAUAAUCUAUAUGACCCCGCGAGCACUGCGGGCCUGCUCAUGGUUGGGAUCACAAAUGCCAUUAGCAGUGGACUCCUGCUUUUUGCAGGACUUGUGGAACUCCUGGCUGAAGACUUUCUAAGUGAUUCAAGUUAUACAACACUCAAGGGCCGGAGACGCGUCGAAGCUUGUGUUGCAGUUGCUAGCGGAGCUCUGCUGAUGGCUCUUGUUGGUGCAUUUGCCUGA